CUGCAGUCGCUCGGGCGCCGCUUCGGGUGCGAACGGAGUUUUGCUGCUGCUGUCGCCCCGCCGGAGAAAAUGAGCCCCGUCUUGGCCUUGUGUUGCCUCCUGGGCCUCGCCGCCGCCGGCCCCGCCACCUAUUUCAGGGAGGAGUUCGGGGACGGAGAUGCGUGGACAAGCCGCUGGAUAGAGUCAAAGCACAAAUCAGACUACGGGAAAUUCAAGCUUACUGCUGGCAAAUUCUAUGGAGAUGCGGAGAAAGACCAAGGGCUCCAGACAAGCCAGGACGCUCGCUUUUACGCUUCAUCUGCCCGAUUCGAGCCUUUCAGCAAUCAGGACAAGACCCUGGUGGUGCAGUUCACAGUGAAACAUGAGCAGAACAUCGACUGCGGAGGCGGCUACGUGAAGCUGUUCCUGUCCAGCCUAAACCAGGAGGACAUGCACGGGGACUCGGAAUACAACAUCAUGUUCGGUCCUGAUAUCUGUGGCCCUGGAACUAAGAAAGUCCAUGUGAUCUUCAACUACAAAGGCAAAAACGUCUUGAUCAAUAAGGACAUCCGUUGCAAAGAUGAUGAAUUCACCCACCUCUACACCCUCAUUGUGCGGCCUGACAACACAUACGAGGUGAAGAUAGACAACAGCAAAGUGGAGUCUGGUAACUUGGAGGACGACUGGGAUUUCUUGCCCCCAAAGAAGAUUAAGGAUCCAGAGGCCAAGAAACCAGACGACUGGGACGAAAGGGCAAAGAUAGACGACCCGGAAGACACAAAGCCAGAGGACUGGGAUAAGCCAGAACAUAUCCCUGAUCCUGACGCCAAGAAGCCGGAGGACUGGGAUGAAGAGAUGGACGGGGAGUGGGAACCGCCAGUGAUCCAGAAUCCAGAGUACAAGGGAGAGUGGAAACCUCGUCAGAUCGACAACCCCAACUACAAAGGGAAAUGGAUCCAUCCGGAGAUAGAUAAUCCUGAAUAUACUCCAGAUUCCAGUCUGUACAAGUACGAUGACAUUUCUGUCAUUGGCUUGGACUUGUGGCAGGUUAAAUCUGGCACAAUCUUCGACAACUUCCUGAUCACAGAUGAUGAGAAAUACGCUGAAGAAGUUGGGAAAGAAACCUGGGGGGCCACUAAGGAUGCCGAGAAGAAAAUGAAGGAGCAGCAGGAUGAAGAACAGCGAAAGAAGCAGGAAGAGGAAGACAAGAAGAAGAAAGAGGAGGAAGGAGAAGACGAAGCGGAGGGCGAAGACAAUGAGGAGGAGGAAGACGACGAUGAGGAAGACGAAGAGAAGGAGGAAGAGGAGGACACAGAGGGCCCCGCAAAAGACGAGCUGUGAGGAGGAGGCGGCUCAGGUGUGCUUGUCACCUGUGCCCCACCCUGGGCCUGUGCCAGGCCGUUAGCUUGGUUGAACCCAACUAAGGAAAGGGAUAACAGUAAUGUCUCUAUGAGACACAAGAACUUUCUUUUUUUAUUGGUGUGUUUGUUUUGUCUUGGCCCCCUUCCCCAGACACCAUCAACUGUUCAUUCAUGUGUGUUAGAGGGGAAACUUUAAAAACCUGUAUCCUAAGAAGGCAAAUCAUAGGGACAGAAUCUUUUUGAGGACGCUGUGCCGUUGGCGUGGCAUUCCUUAACGUGGCCGCUCCUUUCACGGGAAGCUGCUACCUCCAGCGGCCUUCCAGGAAAGCAAAUGUGUGUUUCCCUUUUCGGAGCUUGCCUCAGCCCUCCUUUUCUGCCCAUCCUUCAAGUUGUGGAGAGCUCCGAGUGGUGGUUUUGUAUCUCUGUGGAUUAGGGAGGGGGGGAGACGGCCUCUUCUGAGUCUCGAAGAAGAUUUUAAAAGCAAGACACCGACAGUAUUCAGCCCUGUGGGAAAGAAGGCCAGUAGUCUUGGGAAUUCUAGGAAAGAGGAGCAGAAAAUGCCCCCUUCUCCCCCUCCCAGCUCCUUGCCAUUCAUUCAGUGCUUUUAUAAAAAGCAAAGGUGUAAAAAUCAAACGACCUUUUUUUUUUGCCCCAUUUUUACGGUCACUGUAGGAUAUUUCAUGAUGGUUAACUUUCCCUGUGUGGCGGGGGUGGGGGUGGGGACAUUGCAAAGCAGCAGCAAAGGGAUGUGGUGUAUGCUCUGGCUGCGGAAAGGACAAUAAAUGUUCUGUCUUGGUGAUGAGGAAAUGUUUCUGGGCAAGGAGCUGAGAAGGCUGCUGGAAGAGAGUAGGGAGUAAGAUCACUUGUUCACACUUGAAUGUAUGGGGGAAAAAAAGAAUUUCUAUUAAAUUAAACUUCAUGUCUGGCCCA